UUCUGCCAUUCAGGGGGUCUUGUCAUAUUCUUUAUUCUGUCUUGCUCUUUUUUUUUUUUAUUUAAGGGGGUAUUUUGGUGACAGGACCUGAUAAACGCCCCCAAGCAUAUCACCUGCUGGCAUCCCCCUUUACAAGUCACGUUAGCCACUUGGAUGGAGAGAGUGGCCAGGCUGAUCCCUCGCAGCAAGUGAUGCGGUCGAUACUCCCAUACUGGACUAGAGGAGGUGUUGCACUGACUCAUGCCUGCGCACAGACAUUAACUGCUUCUCCGGCUUUAUAAUAACCCAGCCAAGUAUUUGUGGAGGAGAAAAGAGGGGAACCCCUCUAAUGCUAAGCAGCACCCGACUGCCAUACCUUCCCUCCCUGGAGAGCUUAGAAGACAUCUGUAUUUGUUUGGGGGGGAAAUCUGAUAAGACUGCAAGAGCUGCAUGAAGUACUGUGCACUUACCUGCAUCUAGACGGAUAAUAGGUGGUGCACCCCUUCUGCUUUUGUGGUGGACCUCCACAGUCUUCUUGGAUACCUAGAAAAUAAGGAUAUUGGGAACUCAUGGAAACCAGCAAACAAAAGGACUUUUCCACAGGAGAUAUGGCUUCUGAUUCUCCUCCUUCGUCUAGUGCCAACCAAGACACGAACCCAAUGCUAAGACCUACAACUUAUGACUCCUGGUGUGGGGUGGCUCAGGGGUGUACGAAAAAGCUGGGACUAAAGAUCUGCGGUUUCCUGCAGAGGAACAACAGUUUGGAGGAGAAGAGCAGAAUUGUGAGUUCCUUCAAGGAGAGACAGUCCUCCAAGAACCUCCUUGUCUGUGAGAACAUUGAGAAGGAAUCAAGGUUCCGGCGCGCCGAGACAGACUUCUCCAACUUAUUUGCAAGAGAUUUACUGCCUGCCAAAAAUGGAGAGGAAUCCACCAUGCAGUUUCUCUUGGAGGUGGUUGACAUUCUCUUGAAUUAUGUGAGGAAAACUUUCGACAGAUCCACCAAAGUCCUGGAUUUCCACCAUCCCCACCAGCUCUUAGAAGGGAUAGAAGGCUUUAACCUGGAACUGUCAGACAAUCCCGAGUCCCUAGAACAAAUCCUGGUGGACUGCAGGGACACUCUGAAGUAUGGAGUACGGACAGGUCAUCCACGUUUUUUCAAUCAGCUCUCAACUGGACUGGAUGUUAUUGGUUUGGCUGGAGAAUGGCUGACUUCAACAGCAAAUACAAACAUGUUUACCUAUGAAAUUGCUCCAGUUUUCGUCCUGAUGGAACAAAUAACACUAAGGAAAAUGAGAGAAAUAAUUGGCUGGUCUGGAAAGGAUGGAGAUGGCAUUUUUUCCCCAGGAGGUGCAAUAUCCAACAUGUACAGUAUCAUGGCUGCUCGCUACAAAUACUUCCCAGAAGUAAAAACCAAAGGAAUGGCUGCUGUCCCCAGACUGAUUAUCUUUACCUCAGAGCAUAGUCACUACUCUAUGAAAAAAGCUGGAGCUGCACUAGGAUUUGGGACAGAAAAUGUCAUCAUGGUGAAAUGCAAUGAGAGAGGAAAGAUCAUUCCUGCUGACUUGGAAGCCAAAAUCCUUGAAGCUAAACAAAAGGGACAUGUCCCACUUUAUGUCAAUGCUACAGCUGGGACAACAGUAUACGGAGCGUUUGACCCCAUCGAUGAAAUUGCAGACAUUUGUGAGAAGUACAACCUUUGGCUUCACGUGGAUGCUGCCUGGGGAGGUGGACUACUCAUGUCUAGGAAGCAUCGCCAUAAAUUAAAUGGAAUAGAAAGAGCUGACUCUGUCACCUGGAAUCCUCACAAAAUGAUGGGUGUAUUACUUCAAUGUUCUGCAAUUCUCAUAAAGGAAAAGGGUAUUCUUCAAGGAUGCAAUCAGAUGUGCGCAGGAUAUCUCUUCCAACAAGACAAGCAGUACGACAUAUCAUAUGACACAGGAGAUAAAGCAAUACAAUGUGGUCGCCAUGUAGAUAUAUUUAAAUUCUGGCUCAUGUGGAAAGCAAAGGGCACUGAAGGGUUUGAACAACAGAUCAACAAAUGUUUGGAGCUCUCAGAUUAUUUAUACCAAAGGGUCAGCAAUCGAGAAGACUUUGAGAUGGUCUUCAAAGGAGAGCCUGAGCACACAAAUGUUUGCUUCUGGUAUAUCCCCCCAAGUCUUCGGGGGAUUCCUCAUUGUGAAGAGAGGCAACAGAAAUUACACAAGGUUGCUCCAAAGAUAAAAGCGUUUAUGAUGGAGUCUGGGACAACAAUGGUUGGAUAUCAACCACAAGGGGACAAAGCCAACUUCUUCCGGAUGGUCAUCUCAAACCCAGCAGCCACCAAAUCUGACAUCGACUUUUUGGUGGAUGAAAUUGAGAGACUUGGGCAAGAAUUGUAAUAGUUGUGCCAUGUACAGUUAACCCCCUCUGUGCUGGAGAAAACUAUCCCACCUCCCAGUUGUUUGACUACUAGUUAUAUAUAUAUAUUUUUUUGUGAAUGAAAACAGAACAGAAAUAUUAAGACGAUCCCCUCAGUACGGUUCUCCUCUGGCACCUUAACAAAUGUAAAAUACAGAAGAGUAUAUGUACAUCAUUCAAACACAAAUAAUAAUAUCUAACUUGUGUACAGUGAAUCCUUAUAUAAAUGUAUCUGUUAAGGUUGUCAGAAGCAUACAAACCCACGGUAACUGUAACUGUCGUAAUCUGUAAUCUCUUGUAUGUCUGUGUGUAAAUAUUUGCGGUAUGUACAGGGCCGGCCCUUGACAUAGGUAACAUAGACCAUUCCUUAUACAUGUAAAUGCUGACAGGGCAGGAUUCCUAGAUUGCUGAAUGGCAGCCAAACUCCUUACAACAUUCCUAUAUUUUUUGAGACAAUCUUAACUAUCAAACCCCUCAAAGGCAGCACAUACUGAGAAUGGACGUGACUCAACAGAAAUAUAGGUGGAGAAUGGUGGAUUGGAGGAAGAGAAGAUAUUUAUCUUCAUAUGAGAUCCUGGAAUUCUGGGAAGGAUAAGAAGAAAUAAUGGUUUUCCAAACUCUUUUGGCCAUGAAUUAUUAUACACUGCAUUGGCUGGAAGGGGAGUUGGGGGGCAUGGAGGAUUAUUAAAUAUUAAAUAUGGGUCAAAUUAUUGAGAUAUCAAUAUCUUUGUCAAAUUGUCCUGCAAGCAAAAUUGCCUAUUUUUUUAAUGAAAAUUUUAGCAUCAUUUACAAUUUUACAAAUGUAGCUAACAACUAAGGCAGCUGUUGCAUUAGGACUUGCAAGGCCUAACAUUCACUUAACCUAGAGCAGCCCCAACAAUGGUUAUAAUUGUAUAAAGGGUCUGUAUUAGUAUUGUUAUGGAACACAGGCACAUGAUACAUAAGAUGCUACAGCUCAUGUAAGAAUAUAUUUGAACAAUUCCUGGUGGCGGAAUUGUGGUAUCUCCCCUUAUGGCAUAUUUAUAUCCACUGAGUUGUCCACAUAGUUUGGAUAACUCUUCUGCCAUGUUUUUUACAAGUAUACCAAUACAUAUAUCAGUCAUGCUGUAUCCAAGAAAUACAAAGAUCAGUGAUAAUAUACAAGUUAAAUUUGGCCAUAGCAACAAGUCAAAAAACAUUUUUCAUAAAUCUGUGUACAGUAAACUAGAUAUCACGAAGAGCAGUCUCAGUAGUUAUUGGAUGCUACUGCCUUUCGCAUUAUCAUUACUCACUGCUCGUUGUUUCACUUGCCUUGCUGGGUAAACCUGUAUGUAUGCAAGUAGACACAACAAAGCAGUCUAAAUGGAUGGAAUCCUGCCUUGCAGCAUUUAAACUCCUCAAAGCUGUUUCCCCAUAACCUAACCAAUCUAAAAAACAUUAACCAGUAGAUAGUUGUGUAUCCCCGUCUUAGUAUCUUGGGGGUCAUGGUAGCACAGUCCUUGUAAAAGGUAUAUUCUUGCUGUAUUUCUAGGAAUUCUUUUGUGUAGAUUGUGUACAUUAUUGUCAGACAAUUUUGUGAGCUGGGAAUAAAUGUCAUAGUUUUACAGCAAUUUAACUGUUAGAACAUAAGUAUGAUGAAGAUUCUUGCUUAUUUAUAUGCAGAGAUUUGCCAUGUUAAAGAGGUGUCUUGUAUUUUC